AUGACGCCCUGCGAGAAGCGGGUCUGCUGCGAGAUCACCGAGGCCUACAAACCUUGGGUCAAGGACGGCGGCGUGAAGUGGCUGUUCCGCGACGCCUACACACGCGUGGGAGGUCGCUGGGCCAUCUGGUCCAAGAAGGACAUGGACGCCAUCAAGUGUAGUCGCAUGAGAGCUGUUGAGGCAGCUCGGAAGGGCACAAGGACUCAUCCGCCGGCCGGGUGUGACCAUCGACAGCGAAUAUUUCGGUCUUCGAAGACCUAUUACGGUCCACACGACGGACGAGCCGUGGCUGUCAACGAGACGAUUUCGUACGACGACACGGAGCUGAUCGGCUUAGCUCUUUCGAUGAUGGUUGCGACCAGCGCAGCGGUCUGCGGCGUCAUCAUGGAGCACACCACCGCUUCAUCCGCCACGAAGGCCGGUAGUGCGAGCAUCCUGUACGGCGAUAAGACUUGA